AUGUCGUUACAAUUAGACUAUAAACGUUUUCAUCGACGAGCUCGUUAUUUAACGUCUAAGUGGAAGGACGAUGCAGAGCUAUUUCAGAAUGUUGAUGCCAUCUCCGUCUUGGUGGGGGACGAUGACUUUGAGAACCCAUACCUAAAGUCUCUUUCGUUACAGACAUGGUUAUUAGGCGUACAACUUACACAAACUCUUAUCCUGAUAACACCCGAGAAAAUCACCAUCGUUUGCAGUCAGAAGAAGGCAGAUAUUAUGGAAACUCUCAAACAGGGUGACAGGCAAAUCCCUGUUGAGAUAAUCCGCAGAGGGAAGAAUGUAGAGGAGAAUGUACUAUUAUACGAAGAUAUCAUCAAAUCACUAAACAAAAAACGUGUUGGUGUUUUCGUCAAGGAUAAAUUCAAGGGCAAGAACAUAGAUGAAUGGCAGAAAGCUUGCGUAAAAUACAACAAAGACUACGAAGAAGCAGAUGUUUCCGUCGCUAUCUCAGCUUGUCUAGCUGAAAAAGAUGAAGAAGAGAUUAGAAACAUUAAAACUGCAGCUAAGCUUAGUUCAAAUAUGAUGCAGAACUUUUUUUCGGCAGAAAUGUCCACUUAUAUUGAUGAAGAAAAGCCAAUCACACAUGAAAAACUAAGUGAGCUCACAGAAAAUGCACUAGAAAACCCAAAGUUUGAAAAGCGUAUCAAAUUUCCAGCAGAAGUUGACAAUAAGGAUGAUGUAGAUUGGUGUUAUUCUCCUAUUGUUCAGAGUGGAGGAAAAUUUGAUCUAAGAUCUUCAGCUAGUUCUAACAACGACAAAUUAUAUCCUGGUGUAAUAUUAUGUAGUUUGGGUGUUCGAUACAAAUAUUAUUGCUCGAACGUUGGACGUACGUUUUUGAUUGAUCCCACAAAGGCACAAGAAAAAAAUUAUGAGUUUUUAAUGGAGGUUCAAGACCGAGUUUUGAGUACAAUUCGUGAAGGUGUCAAAAUUCGUGACGUUUACAACAAGGCUUUGGCAUUGAUAAAAUCUAAGCGUCCUGAUUUGGAAAAGAAUUUUAUCAAAACAGUUGGCUUUGGUAUGGGUAUUGAAUUCCGUGAAGCAAAUUAUGUAUUAAAUCCUAAAAACAGUCGUGAAUUGAAGAGCGGAAUGGUACUCAACGUACAAGUUGGCUUCUCUGAUUUGGAGAAUCCCAAAGCUACCGACAGUCGUGGUCAAAAGUAUGCUUUAAUGCUGAUUGAUACCGUACGUGUCACAGACGAUGUUCCUAUUGUACUGACAGCCGAUUGCAGUAAAAAACUCAAUAAGAUCUCUUACUUUUUUGAUGAUGAUGAAGACAAAGACGCAAUGGAUGUGGAUAAGAAGAACCCUGCUGCAACAGGUCCAGCUGCUACUGUCAAACGUGAAGCUGCUGUUACCAAAUCCGCUAUUCUUCGAAGCAAAUUGAGAAAUGAAGAUCAAGAAGAAGAGUCUCGGGAACAGAAACGUCGCGAACAUCAAAAACAACUAUUCGCUCAAAAGCUAGCAGAAGGUCUUGCACGAUUCUCUGAAUCAUCCGGUCAAGGUGAUGGCGAGGAAAAGCCUGUUUUUCGUAAAUUCGAAAGUUAUCGUUCAGAAACCAAACUGCCCCGUGAAGUGAGAAGUUUGAAGAUUGUCAUUGAUAAGAAACACGAUUCUAUCAUUCUUCCUAUUUACGGUAUGGCGGUACCUUUCCAUAUAUCCACUUUAAAAAAUGCAAGUAAAAGUGAUGAAGGUGACUACGUGAUGCUUCGUCUAAAUUUCCUAACACCUGGUCAAGCUGGUGGUAAGAGAGAAGACAUGCCCUUUGAUGACCCCAGUGCCACUUUUGUUCGUGCCUUGACUUUUAGAAGUGCUGAUACCUACCGCAUGAAUGAAAUUUUCAAAAGUAUCACUGAUAUGAAGAAAGAAGCCACUAAGAAAGAAGCAGAACGUCGUGAAAUGGCCGAUGUUGUUGAACAAGAUAAUCUGAUUAUGGUCAAAGGCCGUCGUCCUUUACGUCUUCAAGAUGUUUUUGUCCGUCCUCAAAACGAAUCUCGCCGUUUGCCCGGAGAGUUGGAGAUACAUCAAAACGGUCUCCGUUACCAAUCUAUCCGCUCAGACUCAUCUUUCAACAUUUUAUUCAGCAACAUCAAACAUCUUUUCUUUCAACCUUGUGAUAACGAACUGCUCGUUUUGAUUCAUAUCCACUUCAAAAACCCUAUCAUUGUUGGCAAAAAGAAGACUAAGGAUAUUCAGUUUUAUCGUGAAGCUUCUGAUAUUCAGUUUGAUGAAACCGGUAACAAACGUCGUAACCGACAUAUGUAUGGUGAUGAAGACGAAAUGGAGAUGGAGCAAGAAGAACGCCGUCGUCGCGCAAAUUUGAACAAAGAAUUCAAAUCAUUUGCAGAAAAGAUUGCUGAGGCUAGUGAUGGUCGUGUAGAGUUGGAUGUACCGUUCAGAGAAUUGGGCUUCACAGGUGUGCCUAAUCGAUCCAACGUUUUACUUCAGCCCACCACAGAUUGUUUGGUGCACUUAUCCGAUCCACCUUUCCUUGUCAUAUCGCUAAAUGAAGUAGAACUGGCUCAUUUGGAGCGUGUUCAAUUCGGCUUGAAGAACUUCGAUAUGGUGUUUGUAUUUAAGGAUUUACAUCGUACACCGGUUCAUAUCAAUACGAUUCCUAUGUCACAGUUGGACAAUGUGAAGGAUUGGUUAGAUUCUGUUGAAGUAGCCUUUACAGAAGGUCCUGUCAAUUUGAAUUGGGGAAUGAUUAUGAAAACAGUCAAUGACGAUCCAGGAGAAUUCUUCCGUAAUGGCGGCUGGGGUUUCCUUGGAGAAGGCAGUGAUGAGGAGGGAUCUGAUGCAGGAAGUGAGAGUGGCAGUGAAUUUGAAAUGAGUGAGGACGAUUUUGACGAAAGUUCCUCGGACGAUGAUGACAGUGGAGUAGACUCUGACGCUUAUAGUGAGUCAGAAGAAGAAGAGGAAUUAUCAGAAUCUGGAGAAGAUUGGGAUCAGUUAGAGGAAGACGCACGAAAAGAAGAUGAACGUAAAGCAAAGAGACGUGGUGAUUUUGAAGAUGUCAGAGGCAGCAAGAAAAAGAGACGUUAA